CCUUUGGCCAUUUAUUUACAGUGUGCGGUAGGGGUCGCUGUUGAAAUAUAAACCUAAUUUGCUGUAGUCAGCACACGCUCAGGGAGCUGUCUCAAAUGUAUGCUCUAGUCUAUCACACUGUCAUAACCGUGAAAAGAAGUACAGUAGUCUACUUUUUUAAGUUGGUGUGCUGAAGAGGGAUCAUUGAUGGCAGUGGACAACUUUUGGGAUGUGUGUGCAGUCUGAAGAGAUGCAACGCUGAUAAGAUUUAAAUGUUGGCCUAUGCAUCGCUCUUCAGGGGGUUGAAAGUCAUGUGCACAACAUCGGUACAUUUAUGGUUAAGUGCUAGGAAGACAGUGAGGUAGCAUAAUGUCAGAUACACUGUGUUAAUUUAUGGGGUCCACGUCUAGGCAAUUUGAGCUUUAAAAUCUGAAACACAUCCCACCUUCGAAGGGGGAGGAGGUGGAGGUUUGGGAGAUCCGACUGCACGCAAAGAGAUGCACAAGACCGAGAAACAUGGUGCAGUCUUUGCAUUGGCAUACAAUCAACUUCAUAUGAUUUUUCGUUGAGAGAGCACAGCAGUGCAAGCUGAUGAGAGGAAAGCUGGCUGCGCUGAACCAAACAGAAGAGUAGAAGUGGAUCCAAAAUGACACAGAGAAUUAGUCACUGCAGUUAUCUGAUAGUCCAGUGCUCCAGCACCACACCAAACAGCAGCAGACUCUUUCAAGGUUUUCAGCGAGAAUAGAAUAUGUGCAGGUGCUGUGGCACCUCCUGUUUAAGCGCAUUUGGUCUCCUGCCCAUUCAGAGAGGACAGCAGGAGACUCUCAGGUCCAGCUCACAGACCAGACCUUUAAGGGCCUCGACCAAAUAAAACGCUGUUCCAGGUGUCCUCAUGGGACCAACGAGCCUUGGUCCUUCUGAGGUCCAGCUCAGUCCCUAUGGCCUCCGACAAGGAUUUGGUAUUGAGGAGAACCUCCAUCCCUUUCCAUCGCCCCCAGGGAGCUCGCAGCAUAUGACCAACUCGGUUCUCCUGAGCAACAUGUAUUGUUUCUCCCCCAUGUCUCCGGUGUCUGUGGCCUCAGAGGACAUAGGCAUGGUCUCCAGCAUCAGCUCCAACCAGAAGGCCACUGCCACUUGUCUUCGAGUCUGCAAAGAAGGGUCUCGUCCUGUGGUUGGCUGUCCUCAGGUCCAGCUGCCUCAAAGUUCGCACAGUUCCAAGAACUGUGUCCAUCCACUGACCUCCUCGAUGUCCCUCACCUCCUCACCUCUGUUCUACUCCUCCUCCUCUUCCUCCUCCUCAUCUUCUUCAACCACCAACCUUUCCCUCUGUUCCUCGUCUGUGCACCUGAGCUCUGCCCCUCUCCCCACGCCUCCUCUGUCCAGAGCUGGCCACCACGACAGCAUCCGAAAUGUCCCUCUACAACAGCAGCAGCUGGACCUACAUGGGCCGCUGCCCGUCGCUCUCAAGCAGGAGCCGGGCGACGAGUUGUUCCUGCCGUGCAACCAGGCGCUUUUUCACCUUAAGCACGAGGAGGAUCGAGCGCGUCUCGGCCAGGAACGCCACCGCCGUCCGGCGCCAUGUGGCACCUUACCAUCACCACACGAACACCUCCACUCCCAGCAGUGUCUGCCCACGGAUCUGAAGGACCACUGCCUCAUGACCUCCAGGCACUCGUCCCAGGAGCCCCACGCCCAAGCUGGGCAGCCGUGCAAGGGCAGGGAGGGGGGUGAAAUGUGCAUGUCCCCCCGAGACGAGCAAGCCUGCCAGUGGCUGGACUGCUGCGCUGCCUACAAGCAGACAGAGGAGCUGGUGAGGCAUAUCGAGAAGGUUCACGUGGACCAGCGGAAAGGCGAGGACUUCACCUGCUUCUGGGCCGGCUGCGUGCGCCGCUACAAGCCCUUCAACGCCCGCUACAAGCUCCUGAUCCACAUGAGGGUCCACUCUGGGGAGAAGCCCAACAAGUGCAUGUUUGAGGGCUGCAGUAAGGCUUUCUCUCGCCUGGAGAACCUGAAGAUCCAUCUGCGCAGCCACACCGGGGAGAAGCCUUACCUGUGCCAACACGCCGGCUGCCUCAAGGCCUUCAGCAACUCCAGCGACCGGGCCAAACACCAGCGCACUCACCUGGACACGAAGCCCUAUGCCUGUCAGCUUCCCGGAUGUACCAAGCGCUACACAGACCCCAGCUCCCUGCGCAAGCAUAUCAAAGCCCACACUGUCAAGAUGCAGCAGCUUCGAGACCAGGUGCUGCUGUGCUCUGAGGUAGAGACGGACUGCAUGAGCGAGUGUCUGGCGCUGCACUCCCUCCUGAGCGCCGCUCCCGGCCUGAUGGAGCCCGGCUCCCCCGGGGUGACCGUCACCGCCGUCGCCACUGCUCCCGCCGGGCCCCGCUCACAGCCCUGCAUCAGCUCUUUCCCUGGGGCGGAGGAUUACUCUGAAGCCAGCAUCAUCCCUUUAUCAGAGGCCCUGGCCACACCCCCAGACCUGUCCUCCACACCAUGUGACCUCCAGCAGCGUGUUGGGGGCUCCCCUCAGCAGUUACCCCUUAUGUCCCCAGGGAGGACCCUGCCGAACAGAUUCCAUUCGUCGCUGAUGUUCUCAGAAGUAAGCCUGCUUAGAGGCCGAGGGGAACCACUGACCCAUCCCGACAGGCUGGGGUUGCUGACGGACCAGUGUGAUCCGAAACAUGAGGGGCUCUAUCCUGACCUAACAGGGGCAUAUCAUGACUUCCACUCUGGCAAUAUCAGUCUUCUAGACCAUCUGGCCAGUGAAGCCUCUGGAGGUCUGUUUGAGCCCAGUGGCUACUUGCUCAACCCAAGCUCAACAGCGCCAUCUACAGUAGGCUUCAGUGGGCAGGAGCACCAAGCCUCAGGCAGCCAUGUUUUCCCCCCUCUCCAGAGGAGAGUGACCCCCCAGAUGUGCCUGUAAGAGGACUAUCCAGCCAGCGGGGAAUUGAGAGGACAGACACUCAUCGUCCGCCUGUCUGUCUCACAAGUACAUUGUUACUUUCUUUUCUCUCUCUCUGUCAGAGCCAAUGUUUACAUUCUAAGUAGGUAUUAUACAGUAGGUUCAUGCUGUUUUUGCACUGUUAUAAGGACACCCAUACAUGCUCUUUUGAAAAGGCAACAUAAUUGUAGCAUCAACUAUAGUCAUCAUUUUAAAUAGAACAAUGUGCCUCAAUGUAAUGGUUUCUCAAAAGAGAAUCUGCAUUUUUAUUC